ACUUGCGACUGCGCAGCAAGCACGCUCGCCAUUGCAGUGCUGCGAUGGACGGGAAAGGGGAGCGGAAGGGAGCGGAGUGGAACACUUAUCCUUCCAGAACUGCUCCCUUCCCUUCCCUAGGGUUUGCCCUUUGGGAUCAGGCAGACCCAGAGCUUUUACAGCCUUGAAGAGUCUUCACGGAACAUUCAGACUGUCAGCUUUCUCCAGAAACAGCUGCUCCCAGAAUACUACUACAUCUUCCGGCCCAGCAGCUGCUUGGUGUUUUUUCUGUGUCACACAGCCUGUGUGUGUGGGGUGUGCGUACGUGUCACACGGUGUGUUUGUUCUUCACAUGGCGCUGCCAGCCGCGUCAGACCAGAUUGAGAUAUUCAAAUGGCUCAAGUACGGCGAGAAGGUGCUCUCUUCCAAAGGAGGACGCUCAAUAACGAGGCUCUACUUCAAAUGCAGCCACGGGGUGAACACGGAGAAGGGCCGUGCGGGGUUCCUCUGCCCUGCCAGGAAGAUUGUGGACGUGCUGGGCGUGCUCGGUGAAGACUCCGCCCGUGGGGUUGCCUUGAAGUGCGCUGGACCCUCCCCGUCCUCUCCAUCAUCGUCCACGUCAGCAUCAUCAGCAGGAGAAGCAGCAUCACCCGGCUCCCCUGGUCACAUGACGACGACCUACCGCCAUUCGCACAACCACCAGACGCUUGCAUCGUCGUGGGUGAGCCCUCGCUGCAUGGCUGCUGCUGCACGAGGCACUGCCACUCCCGCUGCCAGCGUCAGUGCCAGUGCCGCCCAUCCACCUGCUGGAACGGCUGCUUCUUUGGCCGGCCAGAAGCGAAGGUUUUCUUCCUUGGCCUCCACAUGCGAUGGGCUGGCAGUAGUAGCGGCAACAGUAGCAGCCCUGCCUGUGACCAGGAGCAGUGCUUGGACCUCUGCGCUACUAACUUCUGAAGUUGGUGGUGGAUCACCUGUGGUGGCUUGCACAGUGGCUGCGGAUCUCCCGGUGAUACCUUUACCUGUCCAGUGCCCGCAUGCGCCGAUCCUGGCAAUGAGUGGAGCGUUCCGUGCUGUGAGCUGUGAAGCUGUUAUCAAUGCACCCAAUGUGCCCAGACCUGCUUUUACCAUGCAUCUGCCAGUUGAGAAUGCAGCUUUUGGCGAGGCCAUUGUCAGAAGCAAAAGCACAGGCGCAAGCUCUCAAGUGCUGGCUUCGACCAGCCUAACUCAACCUGCUGUUUCACUUAAGAUCCCUGCAGACAGCAGUACAAGGUCUUCAGCGCUCCCAGCAAUGAUUUCGGAAUCUUCACCUGCACCAGCAGCUCUUCCGCAAGCACCCAUCUCUGCAGCAGCCGCAUCGGAGCUGUGGACUCUGGCCCGCUCAGCCAGUCAGUCGUCUGCCGUCACCCAUCAACAUACACCCACCAGCGUUGCUGCUGGUGCUUCUAGCGGUGCUGGUGCUGCUCCCACCGCCUCUGGCAGCACCGCUGCCCUUGCCUUCACACCUACCCGUGCUGUUGCUGCUCUUCACUGUGCUGCACCUGCCAUGGCUCCCGGCAACCAUGAGGCUGAAGCUUCCUCCAGCCUUGCUAGCAAGCCAUUAGCGCCAACAGCUGCACCAUGGAUUCCCUACUCUAAGACUAGGCAUGCUAUAGGUAGUGGAGGCAUUCCUUUGUCAAAUUCCAGGGAAGAGACGGCUGCAGGCAGCCCAGGGAAGAUGAUUUGCUUGGGUCUUACAGAGCACCUGAAGAGGUUUCAGAGUGGAUCAGUGGAAGACCUUAGCAUCAGCCUUGGUGUGAACGGCGUUGGCCGGGACAUGGGAUCUGUGGGGCUUAACGAGGGAAGCACGCUCAACUGUGUGCCUCCAAUCGACCUGGAGCUUAGACUCUCUUUAGGCCAAAUGUGUUAGUGAGUUUAUUAGUGAGUUUAUUAGCCAUGCUUUGUUAAACUUUAUAUUUGAUAUGUAUAAUGGUAGGCUUGGUAGGUGUUACUGGAUUUGUCGUGGUACUGGGAUAGCCCUGUCGAUCCUCCUCUCUCUCUAGGGAGGGUAUUGUUAGAAUACUAGAAUGCUAGCUAGGAGUAGGAAGGAGCCGUGUGUCAACUUAUACAUAUAUUGGUAUGUAGAAGUUAUAGGCUAGAUAGGGU